UGUCUCAGGCUUGCUCUCCGGCCGCCGUCAUUUUCUUCAAGCUCGCUCUGCGGCUGUUGCCACCCCCUUCCAGGCUCGCUCCCCGCCACCGCCUUCCUCCUCCCAGGCUCGCUCUCCGGCCGCCGCCCCUCAGCCGCCCAGGCUGCGCGGGUGCUCGCGUGGGGCCUUGUUGCGUUUCAGCUCGGGGGUCGCCGCAGGGGCGGGGCGCUGAGCGGUCCGCCGCGGCCUCCCCUUCGCGUCCUCCCCAGGUCCUCUGCCCGCCUUCCUCCGCAGUCCGGAGCCUGGCGGAGCCCAGACCUGGCGGGGACAGCAGCGCACCCGGCCCGGCACCCAGAGCCUGCCGCCACCACCGCCACCGUCCAUCGUUGGUACCGGCAAUGGCCUUCGUAUCGCCCGAUGUGCUUGUGACUGAUUUGGACCUGGAAUUUUGAGAACUCACUUCUGUCCCCAUCCCAGCCGUGCCCGCCCACUGGGCUUAGCAGCCGCGCCUCUAGACUGUCCGACUUUGAGAGCACCAUGGACCAAAGUGGGAUGGAGAUUCCUGUGACUCUCAUCAUUAAAGCACCGAAUCAGAAAUACAGUGACCAGACUAUUAGCUGCUUCUUGAACUGGACCGUGGGGAAACUAAAAACGCAUCUAUCUAACGUGUACCCUAGCAAACCAUUGACAAAGGACCAGAGGUUGGUGUAUUCUGGCAGACUACUUCCUGACCAUCUGCAGCUGAAAGACAUUCUCAGAAAACAAGAUGAGUAUCAUAUGGUUCAUCUAGUCUGUGCUUCUCGGAGUCCUCCCAGUUCUCCAAAAUCCAGCACCGAUAGAGAAAGCCACGGAGCACUGGCAUCCAGCACCAAUUCUAAUUCAGAUCAUUCUGAUUCAACCACUCCAUCACCCAGUCAAGAGAGUUUGUCACUAGUUGCUGGUUCUUCAGAAGGAUUGAGGCACCGUACUCUUCCACAAGCACAGACUGACCCAGCCCAGAGUCAUCAGUUUCCAUAUGUAAUCCAAGGAAAUGUGGAUCACCAGUUUCCUGGGCAAGGCGUCCCUGGGUUCCCAGUGUACCCUGCGCUCAGCCCCCUGCAGAUGCUGUGGUGGCAACAGAUGUAUGCUCACCAGUAUUACAUGCAAUAUCAAGCUGCAGUUACAGCUCAGGCCACGUCAAGUGCCAGCUCAGCCCAGCAUGCUGCAUCGUCACCUCUGAAUUUGGCCCAUGUUCCUGGAGAAGAGCCCCCACCAGCUCCCAACCUAGUGGCCCAAGAAAAUGGGCCUGAGAAUGUUCAAAUGAAUGCACAGGGCGGCCCAGUGCUAAAUGAAGAAGACUUCAACCGCGACUGGCUGGACUGGGUGUACACGUUCUCGCGAGCUGCCGUCCUCCUCAGCAUCGUAUACUUCUACUCUUCCUUUAGUCGGUUUAUCAUGGUAAUGGGAGCCAUGCUGCUGGUUUAUUUACACCAAGCUGGAUGGUUUCCUUUCAGGCAAGAAGGCGGUCAGCAACAGGCUCCCAACAAUGCUGACCCUAACAACGAGGGGCCGAAUGCAAACAACCUAGAACUUGAAGAAAUGGAGCGCCUUAUGGAUGAUGGACUCGAAGAUGAGAGUGGAGAAGAUGCAGGUGAAGAUGCCAGUGCAGCUCAAAGGCCUGGGCUAAUGGCUUCCGCUUGGUCUUUUAUCACCACCUUUUUUACUUCACUAAUACCAGAGGGGCCUCCCCAAGUUGCCAAUUAGACCUGAAAAACUGUGCCAGCUGCAAAGGAGGGUUUGACUUUAGGAAAGUGGUUUAAAUAACAGUGCAAUUUUAAAAAAAAUGUAUAACUUUUUUUUUGAUGAUCAUGUACAGAGGUCUUUUCUUUAAGCUUCUCAUGCAUAUGAAUAUUUUAAGCACAAAUGGACUACUAAGCUUGUGGUUUUUCUUUGUUUGUUUAAAGAUCCUAACAGAACAUAGCCUAACAGUACUGGUCUUCCAGUUUUAUUCAUUUCAAUUAUGUGUAGUGCGCUGAGCAGAACCACUGUGUGUUACUUCUUUAAAGAGCUGCUACACUUUAAAUGUUCAUAGCUAGAUGGCCAGCCCUUCAGUGUGUACUUUGAAUAAAUAUAUCUAUUUUCUGUGAAUUAUCCUGAAAGUUUUAAACAGAAAUGACCUCAUAGUUUUUAAUAAAGUUUAUUUACCUAAAAUGUGCUAGUAGCAUCUUGCCCACCCAUAAAGCAAUAAACUUCUCAAAAAUAUUAAUUUUGACAUUUGAAUAAAUGAUGGAAACUUUCUAUUUUAAGGACACAUGUCCCAUCAGUUGGAAUUAGUACCUUAAAAGAAAAAAAGGCAGCUCUUCAUUGGAAUUAAGUGACACAAAAUGUUUGAUAUGGCAGUACUUUUAUAAAAUAUGCUGGAAAUUGCUCCCUGUACUUUUUUAAAUAAAAAGUCAAUUAUGAUAAACA